UCGUAGCUAAAUGCUAGAUUUAGCUACGUAAAUUGUUCGUGAGUCAGGAACAUGUGUGAAUAACAAGCACAUAUUAAUUAUGCUAAAAUUUAAGAUAAAUAGAAGUUUAUAUGUAAAUAUUAGAUCCAGUGAUAGAUGAACAAAUCUGAAUUCUGCCGAGUUUCAAACUAAAUUGUUCUCUUGAAUUCGUUAUCUGAUAGAGAAUGAUUACGAUGCGUCCCUACCAGUAUUCAGCCCUGAUCGGACUGACUUUCUAUUGAUAGAGUUGAAAUAUCAGGGUCUCAGUAUUAUUUCCAUAGAUAAUUGAGGUGCAACUCUCACAAUAAUUGUGUAUCUUAGAUGUUACAAUGCCGCAUAAGCGCGGCGAGAGCUCAGGCUCGGACUGGGACAGCAUCACCGAGCAGCCAUCCAUUCUGGCGCCGGUACCUUCGCUGCCAAGCCCGAGGUCCCACAGACUCCCUCCGCAACAGACAGACGAGCUGAGAAGCUGCCGGGCAAAGCAAGAAAAGGUGUGAGCUACAAAGCACCCGAUGAAGAUUCCGGAGAUGAGUCAGGAACCGACAAUCCCAUAUAUGCCAAAGUUUUGCGCAAAAAACUUUCCAAGGAUUCUUCUCCUGAAGUUCAAGAUAAAUCCCCAAAGGAAAGUUUUUCUAACAAUGUGCCUGCCAGCAUUUCAGGAGAAACAAUCUCGCCGUCUAAAUUGGUGCCAGCAAAACUUGCUCUUCCAGGAACAAAACAUCCUAAGCCAAGUCCAAGAUUCAGCGUCACGACCAGGACACGAGACAUCAACAUCGAGGAGGGAAAGCUCGGUGUUGCCAAUAUGACGUUCGUCGGUGAUUCGGAAGAGGCGCUACUGCCUGAAAAUUUUUUGGACCCUGGACCUGCGUUAGCAUCUCCGAAACGCACAUCGUUGCCAGCUGUGGACCCAUUCGUUGCCAGAUGCAAGUCAAGCGACGCUGUGAAGGGCUCGAAGGUCAUGGAGUCCAACAUGGAGACGAGACUAGACAUCGCCCUGGCAACCUGCUGCUCAUGGUUGGGUCUCCCCUUUUCCUUCCUGGCACUCUUUUUGCACCACUCCAUUCGGUUGAUUCUGCAACGGAUAUUCAAGCCACUUGUGCUGGACUCCAUUGGACUCGUCCUCAACCUGGGGCUUCGUCCGGCAACGAACGCAAUUUACUUUCCACUGACUGCUUUCCUGACUUCAGUGACAUCUGCGGCUGGCAGCGCCGUGUCGCAAUGCAUCGCUCCUUGCAUCGACUUGCUGCGCGCCACCAGACUGGUCGAGAUCAAUCUUUAUGGGCCGUCUCCUCGGUGCUACCAACUAGGAAAAGACAGAACUCAAAAUCAUUCUCUUCAUCAAGUGUAGAGUGUAUAAAAAAAUCAGCCAGGCUUUUCGAAAUAAAUCUUAAUUUUUCUGCUCCUAAGUGCUACCAGCACCGCGGAUGAUUUUUCUCUUCGACGCUCACACGAAUUUGAAAAUUCCUUCAGUUAUCGGGACAGGUUGACAUCUGACGUAAAUUUCUGAUGUGACAUCUACCUAAGGGCCCUAAUAUUAUUGAGCACAUAUAUUGACGACUGCCUUCUGUCUGGCACAUGGCCUCGAUAGUGGUAUUGAUGUAUACUUAAUAUGGUUGAGGGUAUAGUAUCGAUGACUAUUUGACCAGCCAAUAUUAGUGGGAGUAACAUUGAUUUCUACUAGUUACGUUAAGAGUGGCCUGAUAUUAUUGACUAAAUAAAAUGGAUGACUGACUAAUAUUGGCGUAUAUAUAGGGAAGAUUAGCUAAUGUUAUUGAGAGAAGCCGAAUUUUAGAGAGGAGUGUAUGUGAUUAUGAACGCAUGAAAGUACUUUGCAUCCAUAAAUUACGUUAUGAAAUUAAAUUAAUAGGAUCCUGGAAAUUUUAAGAAAACGAGACACAUGUCGAGUUUAUGAACAGACUACACAUUCUUAUGGAAAUUGACUUUUCAUUGAUCCGUUUUUAUA